UUAGAAUUUCAAAUAUUAUUAAGCAUACAUUUACCAUAAGCCAUUUUUGAAGUUGAUCAACUUCAAUUUGCAAAGUUGGUGAUAAUUUACCUAAAUCACUAUGCCACCAACUUGUUUUCUUUAUCUCUUAACCAAGAAAAUUACUUUUCCAGCAUAAAAGUCAACCGUGUAUAUGCGCCAAUCCUUCCGGAAGUUAAGUCAUCACUCACCUCACAUGGCAACUCAAACGGAACCAAAGAAGAUCAUAAUUGAUACCGACCCUGGAAUCGAUGAUGCCAUGGCUAUAUUCCUUGCUCUGCGAUCACCAGAGAUACAAGUUAUUGGACUUACAACGAUCUAUGGAAACGUUUACACUACUCUUGCUACCAGAAAUGCCUUGCAUCUUUUGGAGAUUGCCGGAAGAACUGAUAUACCUGUUGCGGAAGGAUCUCAUGUCACAUUAACUAAAGAGGCGAAACUUGGCGUUGUAGAUUUUGUUCAUGGGGCAAAUGGACUUGGCAACCAAAAUUUUCCUCCACCAAAUGGGAAACCCGUUGAAGAAUCAGCUGCUGAAUUUUUGGUUAAACAAGCGAAAGCUAACCCUGGAAAAGUCACCGUGGUGGCGUUAGGCCCUCUUACAAAUAUUGCUUUGGCUAUACAGAUGGACCCGGAAUUCGCUAAGAACAUUGGGCAGAUCGUUCUGCUUGGUGGAGCUUUUACAGUAAAUGGCAAUGCGGACCCAGCUGCUGAAGCAAAUAUAUCUGGUGAUCCGGAUGCUGCUGAUGUUGUAUUCACAAGUGGCGCAGAUGUAUUGGCAGUUGGAAUUAAUGUUACUCACCAAGUUGUAUUGUCAGGUUCUGAUCGAGAAAAGUUAGCAAGUUCAAAAGGAAAGUUUGCUCAAUACCUGACCGGAAUCUUAGAGGUGUAUUUCGCUUACCAUUGUGACGCAUACAACACCAACGGAGUUUACCUUCAUGACCCAACAGCGUUGCUUGCAGCCGUUGAUCCUUCACUUGUAACUUGCACAGAGGGUGCUGUUAGAGUCCAAACCAGUGGCAUAACAAGGGGACUUACAAUACUCUACAAUAAACAGAAAAGGUUUGACGAAAUCACUGAAUGGUCCAAUAUGCCAACAGUAAAAGUAGCUGUGACAGUUGAUGCUCCUAGAGUUGUGAAAUUGGUCAUGGAUCGUCUUGUGGUUUGAAGUAGCUAUGAAUCCAUUCAAUUAGCAUUAUUGGUUAUUGGCCAUCUACUUAAAUCUGGUUUCAAUAUUUUAAACACAAGACUGUGCUUAUGUCUAUUAUUGAUCAAAACAUACACUUUACUAUAUUAUUGGAUCAGUCCUAUGAAGUGUAUCACUAAAAAAAUUAAUUACAUAUACUGUGAAUUACAAUAUAAUCUCAAUAAAAUCAAUAACUUGUGUAA